GACGUUCAGUUGUCAGGGUCUGGAGCUCCAGUCCUCGGGCAGCAACAGAGGCCAUCCUGGGAUAGCACCGCCAGGAACCUGCAGUGGCCUGGGGGAGUCAGUGCCUUCCCGGCUGGCUCCCUGUUCUUUGGACCUUUUGUUUCUCAUCGGCAUGAAGAAGGAAGUGACCUGAGAGCCUGAGACAAGAGCCAUCCCCUGGCUGGGAGGAGAACCGGGGUCCAGGGCAGUGGCAAGGCCCCCCAGCCACUGCACCUCACUGAUCCAGGCAUGAAGGGCGAUGGUGGUGCUAUGUGGGGCCUCAUGUGGAAGUACUGCAUCUCCGUGAGGACCCUCAGUGUUGAGGGUGAGGCCCCCAGCAGCGAGACUGGCACAUCGCUGGACAGCCCCUCGGCCUACCACCAGGGUCCCCUGGUACCUGGUUCCAGCCUGAGCCCAGACCACUACGAGCACACAUCAGUGAGUGCCUAUGGGCUGUACGCAGGGUCAGGACCACAACAGCGCACACGAAGGCCCCGGCUACAGCACUCGACCUCCGUCCUGCGCAAGCAGGCCGAGGAGGAGGCCAUCAAGCGCUCUCGGUCACUCUCUGAGAGCUAUGAGCUCUCUUCAGAUCUGCAAGACAAGCAGGUGGAAAUGCUAGAACGCAAGUAUGGGGGACGCCUUGUGACCCGCCAUGCAGCCCGCACCAUCCAGACGGCGUUCCGCCAGUACCAAAUGAACAAGAACUUUGAGCGCCUGCGCAGCUCCAUGUCGGAGAACCGCAUGUCACGCCGCAUCGUGCUGUCCAACAUGAGGAUGCAGUUCUCCUUCGAGGGCCCCGAGAAGGUGCAUAGCUCCUACUUUGAGGGCAAGCAAGUCUCUGUGACCAAUGAUGGUUCCCAGCUGGGGGCCCUGGUGCCAUCAGAAUGUGGAGACCUUAGCGACCCAGCCCUCAAGUCUCCAGCACCCUCCAGUGACUUUGCAGAUGCCAUCACAGAACUGGAGGAUGCGUUCUCCCGGCAGGUGAAGUCCCUAGCUGAGUCCAUCGAUGAUGCCCUCAACUGCCGCAGCCUACACAGUGAGGAGGUACCAGCCCCAGACACAGCACGGGCCCGGGACACUGAGCCCAAGCCAGGCCUGCAUGGCAUGGACCACCACAAAUUGGAUGAGAUGACAGCCUCAUAUAGUGAUGUUACCCUCUACAUUGAUGAGGAAGAGCUGUCACCACCUCUACCACUCUCACAGGCUGGGGAUCGGCCUUCCAGCACAGAGUCGGACCUGCGGCUCAGGGCAGGGGGUACAGCCCAGGACUACUGGGCCUUAGCCCACAAGGAGGACAAGGCUGACACAGACACGAGCUGCCGAAGCACACCAUCUCUGGAGCGGCCAGAACCACGGCUGAGAGUGGAGCACCUUCCCCUGCUUACCAUUGAGCCACCCAGUGACAGCUCUGUGGAACUCAGUGACCGCUCAGAUCGAAGCUCACUCAAGAGGCAGAGUGCCUAUGAGCGCAGCCUUGGUGGACAGCAAAGCAGCCCCAAGCAUGGCCCCCACGGUGGCCCUCCCAAAGGCAUCCCCCGAGAGGAGCCUGAGUUGCGGCCUCGGCCCCCCAGACCUCUCGAGAGCCACCUGGCCAUCAAUGGUUCAGCCAACCGGCAGAGCAAGUCUGAGUCUGAUUACUCAGAUGGGGACAAUGAUAGCAUCAACAGCACAUCCAACUCCAACGACACCAUAAACUGCAGCUCUGAGUCCUCAUCGAGGGACAGCUUGCGAGAACAGACACUCAGCAAGCAGACAUACCACAAAGAGACCCGCAACAGCUGGGACUCUCCAGCCUUCAGCAAUGAUGUCAUCCGUAAGAGGCAUUACCGAAUUGGCCUGAAUCUCUUCAACAAGAAGCCUGAGAAGGGCAUCCAGUAUCUCAUUGAGCGUGGCUUCGUGCCUGACACGCCAGUGGGGGUGGCCCACUUCCUGCUGCAACGCAAGGGCCUCAGCCGCCAGAUGAUCGGUGAGUUCCUGGGAAACCGGCAGAAGCAGUUCAACCGUGAUGUGCUCGACUGUGUUGUGGACGAGAUGGACUUCUCUGCCAUGGAGCUAGAUGAAGCCCUCCGGAAGUUCCAGGCACACAUCCGAGUCCAGGGAGAGGCUCAGAAGGUGGAGCGGCUCAUCGAGGCAUUCAGCCAGCGGUACUGUGUCUGCAACCCUGGGGUGGUACGGCAGUUCCGGAACCCAGACACCAUCUUCAUCCUGGCCUUCGCGAUCAUCCUGCUCAACACAGACAUGUACAGCCCCAAUGUCAAGCCUGAGCGCAAGAUGAAGCUGGAGGACUUUGUCAAGAACCUCCGAGGUGUGGAUGAUGGUGAAGAUAUUCCCCGGGAGACACUGAUUGGGAUCUAUGAGCGGAUCCGUAAGCGGGAACUGAAGACCAAUGAGGACCAUGUGUCCCAGGUGCAGAAGGUUGAGAAGCUCAUCGUGGGCAAGAAGCCGAUUGGAUCCCUGCAUCACGGGCUUGGCUGUGUACUCUCUCUUCCCCAUCGAAGGCUGGUCUGCUACUGCCGGCUUUUCGAGGUUCCGGACCCUAAUAAACCCCAGAAGCUGGGACUGCACCAGAGAGAGAUCUUCCUCUUCAAUGACCUCCUGGUGGUGACCAAGAUCUUCCAGAAGAAGAAGAACUCGGUGACAUACAGCUUCCGGCAGUCCUUCUCCCUCUAUGGCAUGCAAGUCCUGCUCUUCGAGAACCAGUACUACCCCAAUGGCAUCCGGCUGACGUCUGCUGUCCCUGGAGCAGAUAUCAAAGUGCUAAUAAACUUCAACGCUCCCAAUCCUCAGGACCGGAAGAAGUUCACUGAUGACCUGCGGGAGUCUGUUGCUGAAGUUCAGGAGAUGGAGAAACACCGGAUAGAGUCGGAGCUGGAGAAACAGAAGGGUGUCGUGCGGCCCAGCAUGUCCCAGUGCUCCAGCCUCAAAAAGGAGUCAGGCAACGGAACACUGAGCAGGGCCUGCCUGGAUGACAGCUAUGCCAGCAGCGAGGGCCUCAAGCGCAGUGCCCUCAGCAGCUCCCUGAGAGACCUCUCAGAAGCGGGGAAGCGAGGGCGUCGCAGCAGUGCGGGAUCGCUAGAGAGCAAUGUGGAAGGCUCCAUCAUUAGCAGUCCUCACAUGCGCCGGAGAGCGACCUCAACACGAGAGUGCCCAUCUCGCCCCCCCCAGCCCGUGCCUAACUCCUCCUCUCUCCUGGGUUCUUUGUUUGGGAGCAGGAGAGGGAAGCCCCCUCCCCAGGAGGGCCUACCAGGCACCAGCCUCAGGUCAGCCCAAGGCACCACUGUCUCCACUCCCUCUAAUCCAUAGCCUGAGUGGACCCAUGGGCUCGCCUUCCACAGAGUAGAGUUCCCACUCGGCCCGAGGCUGGGCCUCAGCCACCAUUGGCCUUGACACAGCGCUGACCAAGGAGAAGUGGAAUUGUCUCUCACCCUGUCAGCCCUCAGCCCUCACUCCACACACAUCUGAAAACCCAACUUAACAAAAGACAGAUACAACAGAACCAACCCCAGACCGGCUGUGUUAUUGUUCUGUUAUUGGCAGUGGUCAAAAAUAAUAAUAAUAAUAAUAAUAAUAAGUAGGCCUGAUAUGGGUGAUGAAAAUACGUAAGUAAACUUUAUAUAAUAUAAAUAUAUAAAUAUAUAAAUAUAUAUAUAUACAUACUGUAUAGGUAGUGUUUGUGUGUGGGAGAUAAGCAUUUCAUCCACAAAGCUAGAACUAGGGACCUCCUAAGGACUGCCACUUAAGUGACAGGAAGUCAAUCUAGAUAAAUGUGUGAGUAGACCAAAAACCCUGCUAGAAGAAACCCAGGUCCUUCCAUAUUUUCAUAUGAAGAAAUCCCCUCUAGCCUGGCUGAAACCUUACACGCUCAUAACUCACUGUGCCAAGUAACACAGCACCUGACUGUCUAAUACCCCACUCUGCUCUGUAUAGACCCCUAUUUUAUUAACAGAGUACUAUUCUAAGUAAUCAGUAUUAUAACUGCUGUUAUCUCCAGUAAGCAACUAGGCAAAGUGCAGUCACCUCUAUCCUAGUACUUGGGGCAACCAGUCUAGAGCUGACUGUCUCAGGACCUCAGCCCCACAGAUCCCUAGACACUUUAUACUGGCUGCCAUAACUUUGAACUCCCAUGCUCUACAUUCCUUCCCUCUACAUGGUGAGCCAUGCUCACCCUCCCCCACGAUCCUCCAAGGGCCCACAUGGCAGAGGGACCAUCCCCAACACUAUGACCACUCAUCUUCGUCUACCCAAUGCCAUAACUCCCUCAUCCAGUUCCCAGCCCCAGCAGGCGGGUGGCGUGAGCGCUGGGCGGCCCAGGGCGGUGUGUGUGUCCCGUGUUGUGUUCUGAGUGGCAACAGCAAUCACUGUAAUUCCAUGCAGCCAUGUGCUCGUGACCCCUGUGUCAUCACUGUGCCUAGCCAAUGAGUGCUUGGCCCUGGCCAGGUGAAGCCCCCACUGCCUGUCAUGGUCCAGUGAGCUGCCAGGCCCCACAUGCCCCAGCUGUGUUCUUGUUGCUUCCAUGUGUGACACCAUGCACUUCCCCUGGGGCCACAUGCUGCCCAUGUUCCUGUGCCUGAGUCACCCACGGGCUGUACUUUACAGUUUCAGCCCUUCCAGCCACCGCAGCCUCCAGUGCUGUGCUCCUAAGCCUAGGACCUGAGGACUGCCUGUGGCCUCUGCCUGCGCGGAGUCCCUUUCAGAAAGGAAGGAGCUGCCGCCUGACCGUGGGCUGCGUCUAGGACCUUGUGAGCCAGCUGGCCAGCCCAACCACAAGAGAUCAUGAGCCCAGUCUGGCCCAUCGCUACCCUGCUGGCUUGCUGGGGCCAACCAUUUCCCUCCUCUCAUCCCUGUCCUGUCGUCAUCGUCGAGGUCACGUACCAGCAGAUCUGCAAACUGAGCACUUUGUAUCUCUGCAGAGAGCAAAUCCCGCCAGCCACGUGGAGGUCAGCCUUCUGUCUCCCAGUGACUCAGCCUGCCCACCCCAUCCCCUGUCGGCAUGGCUCAUCCUUCUCUUGUCAUCUGCACAGAAAGACAACUGAUAAGCAGAGUGUAUCUGGCUGGGGCCAGCUGAUGAGGAGCUGCCUGCUUCACAGUGCCCCAAGUCCCUUGCUUUCCUUAGGCCCUGAGUACUGUCUGUCCUCUGUUGAAGGACACUGUCUGGAGAGGAAGGGGAACUGCGCUGCAUGUCACCUGGCACUGGUCCUGUGGGGCUGUGCUCUCUGUAUUGUACAUUUGCAAAAUACAUCAGUGUUACUGUUGGCAAACAGUUGGAGUGGUAACAUUAAAUAUUGUCGGCUUUUUUCACCAUC